AUGGGCAAUUCGAUGAGCUGCUUCGAAAGGUGGGGCAAAAGGGCCCCCGACGGCGCCCUCUUUGCCCCCAAAAAGAGAAAUGCAGAAAACCCCAAAAGCCCCUCCGUCUUUGCCGUCCCCACAACUGCUGCUGCUGCUGCUGCUGCUGCUGCGAACGGCGCAGCAGCAAAGAAGGCCCCCGUGCCGAAGUUUGCCAUUCUGCCAUUAACAGUCUUUGACUGCUGGCUCGCAGCUAACGACGAGCGACGUGCGUCAAAAGAAGCUGCUGGCCUACCGGCGGUCUCUGACGAAAAUCGUGAAGUUGAAAACGCAUUUGUUCAACGCCACCGUCAAAGUGACUUGCUCGCGAGACGGCAAGGAGGUCGAGUGGUACAAGGGGCACUCUGGCGAGGGCGGCAAGGGCAAGGCCGUGGGGUCUUUAUCACUUCUGUCAAGGCGCAGCAAGACAACCCGAAGGGGUUGACCAUCAACGUGAACAAUCCUUCGCCGACGACUUUCUCCUUCACCUUCAAGACAAAGGAAGAAAGAGAGUCUUGGGAGAAGCAGCUGGAGUCUUUGCAGAAGUUUAUGGCAAUGAUUUGA